AUGGUCAAGAUUGUGACAGAUGGGGAAUAUGUUCCCUGGUACAGUCGACGGGCUCCACCAGUGUUCUGCUUCCCAUGUCUUCCAGCUUAUAUGGGAAUUUGGCCAGCCAGAAAAUGCGUUCUGAUCAUCGGUGCCCUCCUAUUCUUCUUCGGUGUCAUCAUCCUACUUGCCAUGCUUUUGACCUGUAUUGCUGUUGAAUGCGCCGGAGUUGCAUCUGCUCUGAUCCCUCUUGCUCUGAUCCUCAUCAUCGUCGGAAUCCUUCUUUUCCACUGUGGAUACGCUGCUCAUCUUCUCGACAAUCAUGGAGAGAUUCCAAUCAAGAAGACAACAACGACUACGACGACUACAGUUAUGGAUCCAGAAUCUCAUGAAGACGAGAUUCGACUUUUCGAGAAUGUGCACAGAGAAGAAGUUCCACAUGUGAGACAAGGCUAUUGGCAAUUCGAUGAAGAUCUCUCAUGGCAGGCUGCUUCCAACCCAUACCCAAUUCAACACACUCUCAAAAACUGCCUUGAACGUCACCCAUACUGA